AUGUCUCUUCCACCUGCCGAGAAGCUUCCUUUAUAUGCCAGUGGUGACAUCCGAGAGAAGUGGGAUCCCAAGAAGCCCGAGUAUGAGACAGAGAUCUCAGACAUCCUUGGAGAGCCAUGGAUCAUUGACAUCGAUCCCCACAAGAUCUGGCCGUACGCAGAGGAGGACAGCUGGGCCGAGAGGUACACUGGCGAAGUGAUGAGAGACUAUGUCAAAGUCGCCAUAUUCAACUUUGGAACAUUCGUCAACAAUUUGGGGGAAACUGAUUACUGCAGCUGCGAAGUGUCACCGGAUGGCGAGCAGGUCAUGAUCUUUCAUACUGAGAAGCUCGGAAUCAACAUUAACAACGCCCUCAUGACUGAUUUCGUGAAGGAGGCACUCGAUGCCGCACCUGCAGACCCUGGCCCAAUGAGCUACCGCGUGCGCAUGGAGACUCUCAAGUGCCAAGAGCGCAUCGGAGAGAAACAGGAAAAACUCAACGCCAUGCUCCAGAAGGAGGUUACUUUCGAUCCCAACUGGAUCAGGUGGUACUUUGGGGCUCUCGUGUCGAGGAUGAAUGGGGAUGGCUUUGGGACCAAUGAUGUUUUGAGGGAAGGGUUCCUUGAGGCUGUGGAGAAGAACACGAUUGUGUUUCGCGUUGUGGACAAGAUAGACGAGACGUACAAUGAGUACGUUCUAGAGGAUGGGGUGUUUUACAUCCAGACCACGCCUAGCCGAUUCGGCGUCAAAAUUGACCGCACUGGUCCUUUGGUUGAGAUUCUGUAG